CCCGCCCCUUCGCGGCGCCCGGGUCUGCAACCUCCGCGGUAACCAUGUCCAAAAACCAGAAGCGGGCAUGGCGAGGACUCCUUUUCCAGUCUUCCCCCUCGGCUGGAAAGUGGAUUCCGCGACGCUGGUGCCCGCUCAGCCGCGCAGGCAGGACUGGAGGCUGACCAGCAGCGGAGUGGGGCUCAAGUACAGCCCCCCAUUACCCUUCCCGCCCCCCUAUGCACGAUCUACGAUCCAUGAGCCACUGCCCCCUGGCUCUGAGAAAGGAUGCCGAGAUGAGGUCAUCCCCCGCCUGGCAACCACCUCCCAACUUGCGUACGGCCCAAAGACUCACGGGGGCCCGUUGGCUCAUCCCCGCUACGCUGUUGCUGCUGCGCACUGGGACGUCCACUAUAUCAAAGAUUUGAAAGAGAAGCUGAAGCUGAGAGAAUGGAGGUUCCCACUCACCACAGGCAACCAGAAGAGUGAGAUGAGGGAACGCUACCCCGGCUGGCCCAACCAGCCACAGGAGGCCACCUUUCACGCUGGACCUCAGCCAUUCGCAUUGGCUGCUCAUCACACAGAAGGCGCGUCCAAGUCCAUGGUGGCCAGCACACGCAAUGAAGCCCUGGAAGGGAGACCCUUCUACAUCCGUGACAAGGCGGUUCUGCGGCUCAAUGAGCCAUAUCUAUCCAUCACUAGCCAAGAUUUCCGGCCCUUCACUCAGAAGGAACGACAGGGCUAUGUCUGGGGGCCUGGAUUAAAGGAGAACCUCCAGGGCCAGGAUUCCUACCCUCUGAUCCGUGAGCCUGGGCCAAUGCGGGACCUCGUUCAGUUUCCUCUUGCCACCCGAGUGCCUCGCCUUGCCCCAAUCGCCGCUGCGGUUCCCCAUCAUGGGCUUCUUCCUUUGAGUAAAGAAUCCUACCAGCCUCCGCAUGAUCACAAGCGCACCUGGGACCGCUUUUGCCCUGUGGAACAGCCACCCACUGCCUCCUAUCGGGUGCCUGUGGUAGAGAUCAUGUGCAUCCCGCACAUGUAUGAGACAGAGUACAAGUGCUAUGGAAGUGGGAAACCCAAGCCAGUAUGAUGGACCCAGCACAACCAUUCAACAAGCAUUUUAGUUUAUUCCUUUCACCCACUCAAGGAAAACAGAGCUGCAGCUAUUUAUCUUUA